AUGAAUCACCACUGCUUCAUAAUUUUGUUAUGUUUGAUAUAAACUGUAUUUGGUGCACCAACAAGCUCAGAAAGAUGGGGAUAUGGAAUAUUAGCAUCUUUUGGUGUUAGUAUGAUUGGAUUUGUAGUUUCGAUUAUGAUCAUUAUAUUGAAAAAGUUUAGUAAAGGAGAAACAGCAAAGUAAAUAAUGAAAGUUUUAAUUGGAUUUGCAAUAGGAGCAUUAUUAGGUAAAUAAUUUUGUAAUUUUAGGUGAUGCUUUUAUACAUUUAAUACCUCAUUCAUUUUCAAAUCAUGAACAUCAUGAAGAAGAAGAUCAUGAUCAUGAAUUAGAGGAUGGAAGAUUAUUAGAUGAAGAAGAAAUUGUUGAAGAGGAAGAAGAAGAUAUUUCUAAAGAAUUUUUGACAUCUUUACUAUUACUAUUGGGAGUUCUGAGCUUUUUUUUAAUAGAAAAAUCUAUGAUAGUGUUAUAAUCUUAUGUUAUGAAUUAAAAGGUUUAGCCAGAAGGUUAAAAUUUGGAUAUUGCUCAAUAAGAAACUAAUAUGGAAAAUAAAAAUUCUAGUGAUUCUCCUGAUAUUAUUGAUAAAGUAGUAAGGAUUUAAGAAUUACAUUUUGAUAAAAUAUAAUAGCUUCCAAUUUCAUAAUAAUUAUUCUCUUUUGAGAGUUGGAAAUAUAAACCAACUUUAGGUUAUCUAAACUUAGUUUCAGAUUUUCUUCACAAUAUUAUGGAUGGUUUAGCAUUAGGAGUUAUCUUUGCAACUGCCAAUGAUGAUAACUUUGACAGUACAAUAGCUACAUUAAUAGCAAUAAUAAUUCAUGAAACAGCAUAAGAAAUAGGUGAUACAAGUAUUUUGUUAGAAAAUAAGUUUACAAAUUCAUAAGCAUUAUUUUCAAAUGGAUUAAUUAAUUGUAGUGCCUUAAUAGGUGCUAUAAUUGGAUUAGGAGUAUCUUCUAUGGAAAAUGAUACACUUGUAUUAGCGUUUGUUGCUGGUAAUUUCAUUUAUAUCAGUUGUGUUGAUAUGUUACCAGAAGUAUUAAAAGAAGAAAAUAUUAAAAUAUCCUUUCUCUAAUUCAUUGCUUUUUGUGCAGCUGUAGCCAUAAUGUAUGGAAUUGCAUAUUAUGAGCAUUCUUAAGAAUGA